GUUAUUUACAUGAAAUACCGCAUACCAGUUUUACAGCUGGCUGAGCAGUCGUUCAGUUGUUGACCCGAACCCUACACUCAAGUCAAAAUCAUUUUAUAUUAUUUUUAUUUUCAUUAACUAAAAAUAAAUACUUCCCUUACGAAAAUCUGUACGACAAGGCUACGAAAAUAUUAUUUUGGAAAAAAAAGUUUUUGUUUGAAGUUUUAUCAAGUGAAGUGGUUGUUUUAUGGUUUUACUGUUUUUUUUUUUGUAUAACGAAUAAAAAAAACGUUAAAACUUAAUGUGUGUGGGGGGCGAAAUUAAUUCUUAAAUAAAUGUAGAAGAAAAAUUACCUAAACUUUUCUUCGAAAUAGUGCAAUAGAAACAUUUUUCCGAAAUUUUGUGUAAAAAAAAAAAAAAUUAAAAAACUCUAAAAAGUAACCGGGUGAACGGGAAAAAGAGUGAAAAACAUUUCGAUCUAUAAAAAUUUUGUGCAAUAAAAGUUUUUUUGUUUGUUUUACGUGUGAAAAAAAUUCGCGGGAACUUUACCCACCCAAAAAAAAUGUCGGACACACAAAAUAAAAAUCUGCCAUUUUUUGGCACAACAGAAUUUUCACCAAUGACUGAAAUAUCGAAAAAUUUAAGUGGUACAAAAAUAAGUAAAGUGUGUGGUACGCGAAAACGUCGUUUAUCGUUAAGUGAUGAAGAAAAUUUUGUGAAUUUCUCGACGGAAAAUUUUACGGAAUUAGAAAAUUUACCACAACGUAAAUGUUUUCAAGAUAUCACAAAUUAUUGUUCGCCUGCUAAACGUAUGCUAAAAACAUCUUCGACAAUUACGUCGGCAUCGUUAUUAGAUAGUGAUCCAAGUGGGGAAAUCUCAUUUUAUGGUGGGGCAACACCUGAAACACGUAGUCCUGAAUGUAGUCCAGAAAUACCAAAAAAGUUUACGACCACAGAUCAUAGUUUUAAAAGUUCACGAUCGUUAUUUAGUUCAGGUUCACCGUUAGAGUUAUCGAGUAGUGGACGAUCAUUAUUUCGAGGUCUUUCCGAUUUCGAACAUUCCAAAGAUGAUGAAUUUAUGUUACUUGAAGUUGAUGAUCUCGAUGAAAACGAAAAACUACCAUCGAACUUCAAUCAACUUGUAUCCGGUAACAUUCUAUCGAAAACUUCACCCGAAAAUAAUAAAACACCAAAAGUACGUAAUCGUUUAUUCGAGGACAAUUCACAAACACCGUUAACAUGCAAACAGCGUACAUCACCGUUAAAAUUCCCGUUAAAACGUUCGAAAUCGUUGUUCGAUAACGAAACGAUGUUGUUGAAACGUUCGAAAACUGAAAUAUCACAUCCAGUUCCAUUACCGCCUUUAUUACGACGCUCGAUUUCAACGAAUUGUUCACCGAAUACCGAAAUUAUGUCGGCGGUUUAUCGUUCGACAAUCGAACCCGAUUUAAUCGGUGAUUUUAGUAAACCGUUUAUUUUACCUUUGGUUACUUCUGGACAACGACAUCAAGAUUUAAAAUCAAUAACAGCGAACACUUUAUCGAAAUUAAUUCAAGGUGAUUUCAUCGAAACAGUUCAAUCGUAUAAAAUUAUCGAUUGUCGAUAUCCAUACGAAUACGACGGGGGACAUAUUAAAGGUGCGAUUAAUUAUUUUACCAAGGAACAAAUCGAAAGUGAACUAUUUAAAACGAACAUGAUCAAUAAUUCGAACUCGUCGAACAAACGUGAUAUAAUAAUAUUCCAUUGUGAGUUUUCGGCACAACGUGGUCCGAAACUAUUUCGAUUCUUACGCGAGUUGGAUCGAAAUUAUAACAAAGAUAUUUAUCCAGCACUCUACUAUCCCGAAAUCUAUUUGUUAGAAGGCGGUUAUAAACGAUUUUUCGAACAAUUCAGUAAUCUCUGUGAACCGAUCGCCUACAAACGAAUGGAUGAUCCUGCUCAUGAAAUGGAAUGUCGAUUGUUUCGAGCACAAAAACGUCAUAACAGUUGUGCGAAUAUUCAAGUCGAAACACAAUCAUCAUCGUCGACGGCGGAAAGUAAUUUAAGUUCGUUGCAAAUGGGAGCUCGAAAAUUGUUAUCGAAACGUAGUGCGUUAGAAUUUUGAGAAAAGACUUAAAUUUUUUUUUGUAAAUAGUUCUUUUUUUUGAGGAGGAGAAAUAUAUUCGAGACGAUUCGGAGAAUUGUAAAAAUGUGAGAGAAAUUCUCAAUUUUUGUGUCCUGUAAAUAAUUUUUGUAUUUUGAAAAUUUUAAUAUUAGGGUGGCGAUUGAAAAUUUUGUAAUAUUAGAAAUAUCUAAAAGCCAAAGCAAAAUCCGCCAUCUUGGAAAAUACAUUUUAUCAAAUAUCUCGUGAACCGUACAUCUCACGACAAAAAUGGAUGGGUUAUUUUGUAAUACUUUUAUUUUGCGCUACACCUCUUGCACUAUUAGAAAAGAAAAAUUCAAUCGUCACCCUGUAUAUCGAUUUGGGUCCGUAGUUAUGUGGGACCCUUUUUUUUGAGCACUGUAUUUUGUAUAUUUAGAGAUGUGCAAUUUUUUUUCUCCUUUUUAGGUUCCAUUUAUGCUCAUGUUUUUAAUUUUUAUCAAAUUUUUCGUACUUGUAAGUAGUCCAGGAGAAUGAAAUAAACAUUUGGUUUUGCGAAAAUUAUGUUAUCGAGAUUUUUAAAAGUCGAAAUUGUCGUUUGUUUUGUAAUUACUGUGUCCAAAUGCGGAACUUUUAAUGUUUUUGAGAAAUAAUAUCCUUCUUGAAAGCGUUUUGAGGUUAUGGGCUCAUUGGCAUGAGUCUCAGAAUUCCAAAACCCAAACUCGGCAAUCCAACGUUGUUAAAUCACAUAAUUUACCGCGAAAAUGUCGUAAAAUUAAGAUCUUGCGUUAAUUUCUCGAAAACAUUGUAAUGAGAUUAUAUACAGGGUGUCUUUCUUAAGUUGACAUAUGCUUGUAGCUCGAAAAAUAACUGAUAAUCGAUAGAUGAACAUU